GCCCAGAAGAUAGAGAGGAAGUCAGGACAAAGCCGGAAGAGAUCAUUAAAACACCAGUGUUUAACGAAACCUAAAUAAAUCCGUCAAACAUGAAUGAGGAGAAAUAUCCGCGAUCGUCGAUUGAAGAUGAUUUCAAUUAUGGCACGAACGUCGCAAGCGCGAGCGUCCACAUCCGGAUGGAUUUUCUUCGCAAGGUGUACACCAUCCUAUCGCUGCAGAUUAUUAUGACAACUGUCGUGUCUGGUGUGUUUAUGCUCUGUGACCCCAUCAAAAGCUUUGUGCACUCAAGUCCCGCUCUGGUGCUGAUAUCUGCUGUUGGGUCUCUUAUCCUGCUCCUUGCCCUCGCUGUGUACCGACACCAGCACCCUAUCAAUCUUUUUUUGCUGUUUGGAUUUACACUGCUGGAGUCAUUGUCUGUGGCAACGGCAGUGACGUUUUAUGACUACACCGUAGUGCUCCAGGCCUUCGUGCUCACCUCCGCUGUGUUCCUGGGCCUCACUGCCUACACCUUCCAGUCCAAACGGGACUUCAGCAAACUCGGAGCCAGUCUGUUCGCUGGCCUGUGGAUUCUGAUCAUUGCGAGCUUUCUGAGGAUCUUCAUCUACAACGACACUGUGGAGCUGGUUUUCGCUGGAGCCGGAGCGCUGCUCUUCUGUGGGUUUAUCAUUUUUGAUACGCACCUGCUGAUGCACAAGCUGUCACCAGAGGAACAUGUCCUGGCGUCCAUCAAUCUGUACCUGGACAUAGUCAACCUCUUCCUGUAUAUCCUGCGCAUUCUUGAUUCCCUGAAGAAACACUGAAUGCUUUGAUGUUCUUCAGUUUCAGUGAUGAAUUAUGGGUACGUUAAUGCUGUGAGUGGAUUCGAAAUAACAAAAAUAAUAUUUCAUAGUCUUUAAGUACUGUAUAUCCGGCCCCAAAUAAAUAUAUUUGCACGAUUAUAAUUCAUUACCGAGAAGUAAUUAUAGCAUUAUACACCAAAUCAUUUAAAUGGAUUUAAGUCUUACAGAGCACACAUUCAUUUUUCUGUUUAGACAGUGAAAGGGAUUUGAUUUUGUGAAAAAAAAUUUAGUACACUUUUUUUUGCACAGCAUGUUUAAAAAUGAUACUUCUCUUAUGGAGUAGUUUCAUCAUGUUUCCAAACAUUGUACAUUUGUCUCGCUUUAAUACUUAUAGAUUGCACAUAUUUGAAUGCUAUAUCAAGUUAUGAUAGUACAAAACACUUUGAUGUGUUCAAUUGUGAUUGAUAGUUACUACUUUAUGAAUUAUGUUGUGUAAAGUGAAGUGUACCUCAUUUAGUGGUAGUUCCUGUACAGUUGGUGUAAGUAAAUUACUGCUAAUGGUUUGGGAACAAGCUAAAAUCAAGUCUCCACGUUUUUCUUCAUUUUGGUGGAUGUAUGGGAUGUUCAGAUUUAACUUGAUAAUUUAUAAACGUAAGCAUUUAACUUCCUAACUAAAAAGGAGUGAAUCAACAUUAACAUUCCAGAAGCUAUUACAUUUAAACAAUUUAUUUCCUUGUGAACAUUAAAAGCUAACAUCAUUACAAUGUUUAUUUACAGCAAUCACUGCCGUUCAUUAAAACAUAUUAAAAGUCGGUUAUAUUAAAUUAAAGGUUUUGAAACAGCAUGCGACCCAUUUUAAAAACAUCAAAAUGGCAGUCAGCUCAUUGAAAUAAAUGACAAAUAGGGAUUAAACCGUUAAAAACACAACAUUCAGGUUUUUUAAAGGAAGCUUCUAGAAGCCUAUAUAUUAUUUAUUAACCCAAUUCCAAGUGCAAUAUUUAUCAACCUAAAAAAUCUGAUGUAAUAUAAUUUACCUUUUUGUACAGUACUUAAUAAAAAUGAAAAGGAAUGUGUUUUGA